ACUCAUUUCCCGCCUCAUCUCUCUCCAACCUAACGGUCUCCAUCUUCAAAUAUCGAAAAUUGAAAAACCCUUCCUCAUUAUUCAUUCUUGUCUCUAGAUUUUGCGUUUUUAUUUCUCAAUUCAAAAUGAAAGCAAAUCGGAGGUCCAAGAAACAAGAUACUUCUUCCAAGCUAAUUUUGGAAGAGAUAAUUGGAUUGACAACGAAGAAUGCCAAUGGAUUGGCUUCAAAUAUAUCCACAGCAAGCUGUGCUUACUUGGCAGGAUGCGUAGUAGUUAUUUACAAUGUGGAUUCUGGUAAACAAUCGCACCUCAUGGUCUCUCAUAGAUCACCGAAACCUUUGCGCUGUGUUGCAGUGUCACAGGACGGGCGUUUUGUAGCUGCCGGAGAGUCAGGGAAUCAACCUGCAGUAUUAGUGUGGGACUGUUCAACUCUGACUUUUGUGUCUGAACUGAAGGAUCAUCUAUAUGGAGUUGAAUGCAUUGCUUUCUCACCUGACGGGGAGCAUCUUGUGUCUGUUGGAGGAUAUAUAUAUCUUUGGAAUUGGCGAAGUGGGAUGCUGGUCACAAAGCUAAAAGCAAGUUCAUCUUGUUCUGCUGUUACCUCCGUGAGCUUCUCAGCAGAUGCAAAAUUUGUUAUUACUGCUGGCAAGAAGCAUUUGAAAUUUUGGGCAGUUGGAUCCUCUCCAGGGUCAUGCUUAAACAAAGGGACAUUGUCGCUGACAAUUCAUGGAAAACCUGUUAAUCUCGGUCCCCAGAAAGGAAGCUCAUUUACAUCUGUCGCAUCUGCAAUAUCGGUGACUCUUAAUAGUAAACAAGCCAUCGAUCUGUUUCCUAUCUAUGCCUUAACUGAUGAAGGUGUUUUGUGCCUUGUGGAUUGUGCUCUGUCAAUAAGAAAGUCAGUGGACUUAAAGGUUGAAAAAGGCUUUGCAUUAUCUGCAUCUGCUAAGCUCGUUGCUUGUGCAUGUUGUAAUGGCAUUGUACAACUCUUUAUGAGUGAGACUCUCAAUUAUGCUGGAAGUUUGCUAUACUCUAGAGCCAAAAUUUGCCGGGAGCAAGCUGCUAUUGUUUACUCCUCUAGUACCAUGGAAAAGGAUUUUCAACCUGGUCUUCCUGAUGCAGUAGCUUGUCAGUUCUCUACUUCAGAAAAGUUGGUUGUUGUUUAUGAAGAUCAUAGUCUCCACGUAUGGGAUAUUCAUGAUACAAACAAGGCCACUAGGUGCUACGUGCUAGUUUCACAUUCUGCUUGCAUUUGGGAUGUCAAAAAUCUUUGUUGUGAAAACAUGCAUGAUCCAUCUGUUGCAUGUGUUGCUAGAGGUUGUUCUGGUGGAGUUUCCUUUGCAACAUGCUCAGCUGAUGGCACUAUAAGGUUAUGGGAUCUUGCAUUGCAACUUGAUCUGGUAGAUGACGAUUCAGGCCAUAAUUUUUUGAAUACUGAAUCAGCUGUCACUGCACAUUUAGCGAGUUCUGGGGUUUUUGAGCGAGAUAUCAUGGAGGCAAGCACUAGUACUCAAGGAUUUCGGUCAAUGGCUGCUAGUGCAGAUGGAAAGUAUCUGGCUGUUGGAGAUUGCGAGGGAAACCUUCACAUUUAUAACCUACACACAUCUGAUUAUACUUGCUUUAAGGGUGUACAUGACACAGAGAUCCUCUCAUUGAGCUUCAGCUUGUCUAGUAACAAAUGUGAUAUUUCUGAAGAAGUUGUUGAUGAUAAUUACUUCCUUGCAUCAGGAGGGCGGGACCGAAUUAUCCACCUCUAUGACGUCAAAAGGAAUUUUGAUCUCAUUGAAAGUAUUGAUGACCACUCAGCUGCUGUGACUUCUGUAAAGCUCACUUGUCGUGAUUGCAAGAUUCUCAGUUGCAGUGCUGAUAGGUCUCUGGUGUUCCGUGAUGUUUCUAUGACAGAUAGUGGUCAUAAGAUUUUGCGUCGUCAUCAUCAAAUAGCAUCUCAUGGAACUGUCUAUGAUAUGGCUUUAGAUCCAACAACGGAGUUUGUUGUCACAGUUGGGCAGGAUAAGAAGAUCAAUGCAUUCAACAUUGCUUCUGGGAAGCCAAUUCGAUCAUUCAAACAGGAUAAAGAUUUUGGAGACCCAAUAAAGGUUACUAUGGACCCCAGUGGCAGUUAUCUGGUGUGCUCCUACUCUAAUAAGUCCAUGUGCAUGUACGACUCUAUCAGUGGAGAAAUGGUGGUGCAAGUCAUGGGACAUGGUGAAGUUAUAACUGGUGUCAUCUUUUUACCGGACUGCAAGCAUGUGAUAUCUGUUGGGGGCGAUGGUUGCAUAUUUGUAUGGAAACUGCCUGCUCGUAUUUCUUCCAGGAUGCUACAGAGAAUAAAGGAAAAUUCUCGUCCGCUGAGUUCCAAAAACUCGGUCCUAACAUCUGCUUUUAAUCGAAUCAUAAUUUCUGAAGAGGAAGACCAGCUGUGCAGAAUCAAUCCUGAAGAUGAUCUGUUUCCUGAAUCAAACCAAGUUGUACAGAACAUGCUUGACAAAGUUGGUGGGCCUCGAAGGACACCAACAUUUAGAUUUAGCAUUUCAAGACUUCCCAUGUGGGCACAGGCUAAGGUUGCACAUUCUGAUAUUCUAUUGAAUCCUGAUUUCACUUCAUCUCAGCCACAACAACAGUUAGAAGAAAAAAGUCUAUCUCCUAUGGCUAGUGAUGGAAGGGAGUAUGGUCCUUUUUACCAUGAAGCUCAAACUCCAGUCAGUCUUGAUGUGCGAGGCAAUGCAUCAUGCCUGAGUAGCCUGUCCAGAACUUCUCCUGAUACUAAUAGCAGCCAAAUUUCACCAAUAUCUCAAGAAAACCUCAAAUAUUUUGCCAAGGACAACCACUGGCUUAGCAUUUAUACUGUAUGCCUUGAUGUACUCAAUUCCCCAGAGACCCAUCUUUCAACAAAUCUGAAAAUGCCGGUCUUAUCAUCCCAUUUGUUACAAAACCCAGCCAAAUUACCAAGGGAUGGAGAGUUCCCUUUAGAGCAAGCUUUCAUUGUUAGGAGUGAUGGGUACAAAGUUCCAAAAAGAUACGCCUGUUCUGGUAGAUGUGAAAAUCUGGAUAAUCAUGAUCAUGGAUUUGGCUUGCAUAAUACAAGUACAUGCCAGUGCCAUAGAUUAGUUUCUACUCACAUGGCAGAGCAGCUGAGUACGGAUAAAUCUAGAAGCCAAAUGCGAAAGCCUAUACGAGGUGAUUGCUGCCAUUUGAAGUCUGAGGACAACGAGCUUUUCAAGCAAAAUUUUGGCAGCUUAUCAACAAGCUGCUGCAAGGUGGAGAGAAGUAGAUCAUCAGUGAGAAGAAGGUACUCUGCACGGUACAUUUUGCAGCGGGACUAUCAUGGAGAUUGCAAGAGACUAUUUGACACACCAGACCGUGAAGGUGGUAAGACCUUGAAAUAUGGGGGAGAAACUGUGCCCCACAACACCUCAGAGAAUCUGGAAGAAGUGCAGCAGGAAAGUUCUUGUAAACAGGGGGUAAAGAGCUCGGUACAAAUAUCAAAUCUUUCUCGAUCACAAAAUGAAUGGACUAAAUUCUCCCAAGCAGAAAAUUCUUUACACAUGAAAUUAAGAGAAACAAUGGAUCAGAAGGAAAUUACACAAGAAGAAAGUAAUUUUCAGCAAAGAACAAUUGCAUGCAGGGAAGCAUUACUCCAUUUGGAUGAAGCUGCUAAGAAUGUUCUCAAUUUAUUUGCAGAAUUAGGAGCAACUCUGGUCUCUAAAGACGACAUUUCAAGUGGACCUGAAGCUGAGUUGUAUGAUGAAGCAGGAAAAUUACUUCCAUCAAUUGCAGAGAAACUAGAUGCAGUUGCAGAAUUGGUGCAAUGCAGAAACAACUAUUCUUGCAGAAGUAGGGCUGAAGUUUCAGGAUUCAAACCUCUGUUAGAAACAUUUGCAGAGAAUCUAUCAAAAAGGGUAAUGGAGAUGGUAGAGAAGAACCUUAACAAGGAUUGACUAUCUCAUUUUCCUGUUUGUAAAUAUCAGCCUUCUAAAUUCUAAACCAUUUAAUUCUGUUUCUUCCAUAAUUUUUUUUUUCCUCAGGAAGCAGCAGGAUGAUUCUGUAAAUAAAUAAUCUUAAAUAUAAGAAUAUGGUAAAUAAUCUUCAGAUGUUCCAA